AUGGUAACCAAUCAGAAAAAUGAGGGAAUUAGCAAGCCUGCCGGUAAUAAUAGACUCACGCCAGUACCGGGUGUUAUUUGGAUUAGAGGUCAGGUUCGAUAUUUGAAGUUAUGGAUACGACAGUUACCUGCUGAUUCGGGAGUAAGGAGUGAACCAUAUACUAGAUGCAGCCGUCAGGGUAGUGAAUUGUGUUGGUUGCGUCAAGAUACUACUAAAUUGAAAUAG